AAAAAUGAAAGGGAGUGAACUAGCUAGAAAUCAAGUCCAUGAAGAACUUGAUCCAUUCAAAAUGAUCAAUAAUAAAGCUGAACAGUCCAAAGAGGAGGAAGAGCCUCUAAAAGAGGCCAGUAAACAAGACCUCAAGCAAGAGAGCGAAGUCAUUAAGAAGUCAGGCUUUGAAGAAAGUAUGGUAAGGAUGAACCUCCAGCUUAGUAAAGAAGAUGAAUAUAUCGACAGGUCUGUAGUCUCUAGUGCUCCUAGGAAGAUCAAUAGUACAGCUAAAAAUGGAGCGACCAAAGGAGCAAAUGACUCUAAUAAGCUUAAUGGAGAAAAUACAGGUGAUGAGAAGACACUUACGUCAGAAGAAGCUCCAAACACAACCAAAUUAGAUGAAAAUGAUGAUGAGGAGGAGAAAAUAGAAAUUGAAGAUCAAUUUGAAGUUAUUAAGUCAAAAGCUGACACAAAACUAGAUUUAAAAUAAAUUUGAUAGAAAGGAAAUUAAUAUUUUAGACUCAUUGUUUGAGAAUGAUCCUCAAGAAGAAGAAAUAUUUACAAGAGAUGUAAACUUGCUUGACAUGACAAACAACUCAAUUAUGGAAGGCCGACUCAUCCUCACCAGGUACCGUCUUGUCUUCCAGCCUUAUGAACGAAUCAAAGAGCAGGUUCCUCUUCCAAGUAACCCAGCAAGGGCGACUUUCACUGAAAAGUUUGCGAUGAAGAAGUUACCGAAAUACCGAGCUCAGUUCUUCAAUAUACCUAUCCACUUGAUUCUGAGCAUAAAGACUCAGCUAGAUAAAUAAAAAUCCAGCUGUCUGCUAUAUCGACUUGUGCGCCAAAGACUUCAGGACUCUCCGAAUCAUGGCGAGCCCAGUCAAACUAGGAAACGAAAUUGUUGAGAGCAUUUACAGUCAGGCUUUUCCUGGAAUGAUGAUGUCGGGCGCUUUCGCUCUUAAAUACAGCUACCCUCUGCAGAACUACAGCGUACCUGAAGACGAGGCUGAGCAGAGUGCCUACGAAGAAGUUUCUCUGUCUAACAGAGAGCGGUUGAGUCCUUUCAUGAACAAGUUUGAUUUGCCUCAGAACGGCUGGGAUGUCUACCACUCAGGCACUGAAUUCGGAAGACAAGGCGUCACCACUAAAAACGAAGCUUUCAGGAGUAAGUUUUGCUGAAUCAACCCCCAUUACAUCGUGUGUUAACAAUGUAGGAAUCCAGUGAUGGUCAUCGAAGGCUGAGAGAGGCAUUCUCUGUGGAACUUAUC